AUGCGCAUCACAACCUGGGGCGGCGAGCCGCAGCGCACCUCGUCCUUCGACGGCGAGGAGUACCUUGAUCGGUGCGGCGUUGCGCCGUACAUGCGCGACGCGCUCGCGCUGCUGCUCGAGAACCGACCAGCAGAACCGAUUGGGUUUCUGGUGCAGUACUUCCAUGCGGCGCUCAGCGAGUCGACCGCGCUCACGCGGGCGCUCCGCCUCAUCCGCCUCGCGCCCCGCAGCCACACUGCGUUUAAAGACAACCUCGUCGCAGCAUUUGCAGCGCUCGGCGGCCAGCAGGCGGCCGUCAUAAACCACGACCCACUAAAAACGCUCAUCCAA